GUCAUAUCAAGGGUUAUCAAAUUGAUAACUUUUGAUUUAGUUGCAUUAGUUUGAAAGUUGCUUUAUUUGAGGUAAUUUACUUAUUAUGGCGGAACGUUUUUUACAAUGCUUAUUAAAAACAUCAAAACCUAGUGAUAAAAGUUUAGUGAAGAUUAAUUGGCUUUCAUACCGUUCCAAAUAUUUUAUAUUUCUUCAAAUAUUUGUACUUCUAAAAAUGGCUCAAAGUCUUAGCCCUAACGAUCCAUCAUCCUUUUCGAGGCCAGAUUUAGCUACGACAUUACACUUGCAUCUAAGCUUAAGUGUAAACUUCGAACGAGAAACAAUAACGGGAGUUGUUAAUUUGAAAGGAAAAAAGAAUGUUCCUGAUGUAAAAGAAAUGAUUUUGGAUAUAAAAGGUCUAACCAUUUUUUAUAUCUAUGAUAAAGUAACAGGAGCUGAUCUGAAAUACGUAAUUGGUGAGACUGUUGCCGACAUUGGAACUAAACUAUCGAUUAAUAUCGAAAAUUGCCUAGAAAGUUUUGAACUUGUAAUUGGAUACGAAACAUCACCCAAAUCAAGUGGUUUACAAUGGCUCAAUCCGAAACAAACAUCAGGGAAAAAACAUCCUUUCAUGUUCAGUCAAGGGCAGCCUACAGAAAUGCGAUCAAUCAUUCCCUGUCAAGAUACACCCGGAAUCAAAGUUCCUUAUUCAGCAGAUGUUCGUGUACCAAAAGAGUUAACAGCUUUAAUGAGUGCUCUUAGAGUUGGAAAUCAUAUAGAUUUACCUGAUGGCAAUCGUUUAUACUUAUUCAACCAACCUGUACCGAUGCCAACAUAUUUAAUUGCUAUUGCAGUUGGAGCACUUGAAUCACGAAGAGUAGGACCACGCUCAGAAGUUUGGGCAGAAAAAGAGAUUGUUGAUAAAGCUGCCUAUGAAUUUGCCGAAGCAGAACAAAUGUUAAAAACAGCUGAAUCUAUAUGUGGUGCUUAUGUUUGGGGUAUAUACGAUAUGUUGGUUUUACCACCUUCAUUCCCAUAUGGUGGAAUGGAAAAUCCUUGUUUAACUUUCAUUACUCCAACGCUUUUGGUUGGUGAUCGUUCAUUGGUAGAUGUAAUUGCUCAUGAAAUUUCUCACAGCUGGACUGGAAAUUUAGUAACCAAUGGUAAUUUUGAAAAUUUCUGGUUAAAUGAAGGUUUUACUACAUUUGUGGAACGAAAAAUUAUUGGUAAAAUGCAAGGGUCACGAAUGAGAGAUUUACAAACAUUAGUCGGCUAUGUUGAACUACGAGACACUAUAACACAAAUGGGAGACGACAGUCCCUUGACAAAACUUGUACCAGAUUUAAAAGGAUUACAUCCUGAUGAAGCUUUUAGUAGAGUACCUUAUGAGAAAGGAUCAUUGUUUUUACGUUAUCUUGAACAAUGCGUUGGUGGAGAAGAUAAAUUUGAAGAAUUUUUAAAACAUUAUAUUAAAAUAUUUUCAUAUAAAUCGAUAAAUACGGAUGACUUUAAAAAUUUAUUCUUGGAAUAUUUCCCUUCGAAAGAAAUACAUGAAAAAAUUGAUUGGCAAACUUGGUUAUAUUCUCCUGGAAUGCCACCAAAAGUUCCUGAUUUAGAUGCUUCGUUAAUGAAUAAAAUUAAUUCAUUAACAAAUCAAUGGAUAGCAUUUAAUAACAGUAAUGAAAUAACUUCAAUUACUGAAAAAGACAUAUCAAAAUAUUCCACAAUUGAAGUAUUACAAUUUUUGAAUCAACUCUUAGAAAAAGAACCACUUUCAAUGAAAACAUUAAACACUUUGAAUGAAUUAUAUAAAUUUGAUUCGAAUAAUAAUUUCGAAACAAAAUUACGUUGGUUACGUUUAUGUUUACGUGGUGGUGAUUUUACAAAACUUAAAGCAGCACUUAACUUUGUGAAUUCUCAAGGACGAAUGAAAUAUUUAAAUCCAAUUUAUAGAGAACUUUAUAAAAAUGAGACCACACGUAAAGAAGCAAUCGAUAAUUUUUAUCAACAUAAAGAUGAGAUGAUGUUAGUAGCAGCUAAAACUGUUGCUAGAAUUAUGCAUUUAAGUAGCAAUACUUUAUAAAAGCUAUUUUAUAUUAUAAUUUUU